AUGACAAUUUUGGCGACGAAGACGACGAUAAUAUCGGAGUUUAAGGGGAUGACUAAGAUGCUGGGUUUCCUCCUCUUGAAGAAGGAGGACUCUUAUCUUGACACUGACGACUUAUGCUUCUGGACCACGGAUUGCACUGAUCAGUAUGCUAAUUGCAUCAACCAUCAAUGUCAAUGCAAGGAAAAUUACGUUCGACAGGGAAAGAAAUGCUACGGCCGGGUUUACGCUGAGUGUACAGAAGAUUCUCAGUGUCUUGGAACCCGUUUAAUUUGUCAAAAUGGAACGUGCUCUGCUCCCGAUGAAGAGAAAGUAGGGGAAAAUUUGUGCUUUGAUAAAUCUGGAGCUAGAGUCUGUUACGGGCCAAAGAUACCAAAAGGAUCACCUCAUGUAAUCUGCCGUAUCCACGGUGAAGGUUUCACAGUAACAGGAGUACUUAUAAAAAUCGUUAAUGGUCCUACAACAUGCAGAUAUAUGUGGUCAAAUCAAGUUCAAAUGCACGGAAAAUACGAACUCCUUCAAUCGAAUGAGAACAUAAAAUGGAAAAACAGCAACUUUACGCUGGAUAAAGCCGUAUAUGGUGGAUUUGAUGAAUUUAACAGACCUACCCUUCUCUGUAAAACUAAAAAUCCAAGCACUUAUUCAACUAAGAAUAAGAACCAAGACAUAUAUUCAAUUGGAAGAUUGUCUGUACCGUACUUUGAUGAGUGUCAAUAUCUUUACAAUGGGAUUGUACAUCGGUCUAAAAUAUUCGACACCUUAAUUUAUGAGGCAUAA